AUGGAAACUAAUGAUGCUCCUUUAUCAGUUAAGAAAAAAAGACCUAUUGAAAUUCAUAAUUAUCCUAAAGAAUCUGUUAUUCAAUAUUCCGAUUCUGAACGAAGCUAUACCUAUAAUAUUAUUAAAGAAGGAACUUAUCCACCUGCUGCUUAUCUCAAAUAUACAAAAGGUCAAAAAGGGUUUCGAAUACCUGAUAAUUAUGAAGUUGAAACUAGUUUGAGAAAGCCUAAAACAAGACAAAUAGUUAAAUGUAUAAUCAAAUAUGUGGAAAAAAAACCGGUCUAUUGGGUAUACUAUGGAGAUAAGUUUCAAUAUCAUGUAAAGUCAGAAAAAUCAAGCUCAGAUGUAGCAUGUUUAUAUGCUAAAGCUUUAAAUCCUGAAACUAAAACACGCUAUUCUGGUCCACAUUUUUUUGGUCUUCAUUUAGAAAUACUUCAACAGACAAGAGAUAUUUACCGACGAGCAACAGUUUUAAAAUCAUUUGACAAUUUAACUCAAACUGGACAAAAUAAUCGAGCUAAAAAAAUUGCCAAGUCUAUAUCUGCAAUAUUUGAUCAAGAAACAACUAAAUGUUGUCAUUUAGAUGAUGAUUCUAAUUUAAAAUCAAUUGAGUUUAGUAUCAGAGAUAAUUCUUUUUACUUUAGUUUUAAUGAAGAUAACGUUGAAAUAAAGCAUAAAGCAAGAGCUGCCGUACAAGCAUGUGAUAAAGGUCAGGUAACACGAGAAAGAUAUCGAACUUUAGCUUCGAUCAGUCAAGAUCUACCACGUGAAUGGAAAGUUUCUGCAGAAAAGAAAGAUAUUACAUAUGAAAUGAACGAAAUUAUACCAAUUUCUCUUAUAAAUAUAACACCAUCACCAUCUGAUAAUUCUGUAAAUUCAGAAAUACAUAUUAAUGAUACCGAAAUUAUUGAUAAUUUACAACAAUCAAUUGGAAAAGGAGGGCGACGAGACAUUGUUAAUAUUUUAAGAUAUUUAAUACCAGGUCUUCUUGAAAGAAAUGUAUUAGAUAUAACAAAUCCUACAAUACAUUUGCGAAUUUCUGGUGAUGGGAGAAACGUUGGACGAAAGGUUAAACAGGUCAUGGUUACCUGCUCAAUUCUUAAUGAUCUUGAUAAUAUAUAUCGACCUGAAAAUUAUUAUACCAUAAUUUUAUAUUCUGGCAUUGAAAAGUAUGAGAUUUUAAAUGUUGUUUUAGAACCACUAAUUAUGGAAUUAAGGAAAUUAAAAGAAGAGGGAUUUAGAGAUAAUCAGAAUAGAGAAUGGAAAGUUGAACUUUAUUUUUCAUCAGAUUGGAAGUUCCUUGCAAUUUGUUUAGGAUUAAAUGCAGCAAAUAGUAAGUAUUUCUGUCCAUGGUGUGAGAUAAUUAAUAAAACUAUAGAUCAAAUUCGUGAAAAUUACACAUUUUAUAAGGGUCAUGUUCGACCAGCAAUUUUUGAUAUGAUUCCUUUACAAAACUGGGUUCCAGAUGAACUGCAUAUUAUGUUGCGUAUAACAGAUGUUCUUUGGCGGCUUGUGAUUGAUGAACUCAAAUCCAGAAAUACUUGGGGAGAUAGAGCAAGAAAUGUAAUAGUUGAAGAAAUGAAACGUGUUGAUGUUAAAUUUCAUUUUUGGCUUGAAGUAGGAUCGACAAAUUGGCAAUAUACUUCUUUAAUGGGGCAAGAUAAAUUAAUUGUACUUCAGCAUUUUGAUUUAACUAAACUUUUUCCAAAUUCACGAGCAACUCAAAUCCGAAAUUUGUGGGAUAAUUUUUAUUUACUUCAUAAAGCAAUGAAAGAUCAAAAAACUGAUGCGAACCAAUUUUCUGAUGAUGCACGUGCAUGGUUACACCAAUUUUUAGAUUCUAAUUAUUUUUAUCAAGCGGGUGAUAUUACACCUUAUAUGCAUGUAUUAGUUUAUCACGUUCCAGAAAUGAUGCGUAUUCAUCAAAAAUUUGGUUUAGCAGCAUUUUCUUGUUCGGCAGUUGAAAAAAAAAAUCACCAACAAGUUUCUCAUUUUUUUAAAAAACAACAAAAGAUGGUGGUGUCGGAAAAGGAAGAAAAUCUGCAAUUGUAA